GGGCUCGCCUCUCCUUUGGCUCGGCUGGGGUGGCGAUGUCUUCGUCGGGGACGCUCAGCAACUACUACGUGGACUCGUUCCUCCUCCACGAGACCGAGGAGCUGGUGCAGUCGCGCUACGCCUCGGCCCCCCUGGGCCAGCCGGCCAGGCAGGCGACCCUCGGCGAGCACCCCGAGUUCACCCCCUGCAGCUUCCAGUCGAAAGCGUCCGUCUUCGCCCCUUCCUGGAACGCCGUGCACCCGCCGAGCGCCAACAAUGUGCCGGCCGUGUACCACCCGUACGUGCAUCACCAGCCACCCGACGGCAGGUACAUGCGUUCGUGGCUGGAGCCGAUGCCGGCCUCCUUGUCUUUCCCCGGCUUGCCGGCCAGCAGGCAUUACGGCAUUAAACCUGAACCGCUCACGGCCAGGAGGGGUGACUGUACCACCUUUGACACGCACGCACUCUCUCUGACUGACUAUGCUUGUGGUUCUCCUCCAGCUGAUAGGGAUAAGCCAGCCAACGACGGGGCGUUCUCGGAAAACAAUGGCGAAAGCGAGGCAAACGGAGACAAACCCCAGCUGGAUCCAAAUAAUCCAGCGGCAAACUGGUUACAUGCAAGGUCCACUAGGAAAAAGCGUUGCCCUUACACCAAACAUCAGACACUGGAGUUGGAGAAAGAGUUUCUGUUCAACAUGUAUCUCACCAGGGACCGACGGUAUGAAGUAGCCAGGCUCCUGAAUUUAACCGAGAGACAAGUGAAAAUCUGGUUUCAGAAUCGUAGGAUGAAAAUGAAGAAAAUUAACAAAGACCGAGCGAAGGAUGAAUGAUGCUGGGUGGCAGGUUUAAUUGUGUGUCAAAACAGCAAAAUCUGCCCCCCCCCGCGGUCCUUCAACGCCACACAACGCAACUCCCCUCCCCCACACCCUGAAACUGUGUCCAGGCCUCACAUAUUUUUAUUUUUUCAUUGCCAUUUGUCCUUGGUCAAUUCAGCUCUUGAAUGUACCUCGCCAGCGUGCAGAGAGACCACCGUGCCCCGGUGCUAUUCGGAGGUACCGUGUUUUUUCCGUUUUUCUAUUCAUAGGAAAGCAAAGGAGGGACAUUACCGCACCAGGGUGAUAUGUUGCUUUGUCUAAAUCUACCUGUCAAGAAAGAAAAAAGAAAGAAAAAAAAAAGAAAGAAGAAAGAAAGAAAACUACCUUUUAAUGCACAAUUCUUUAUGGACUGUAUAGGUUAGUUGAAGUAGUUAAAUUUAUUUGCUCGUCGCACGGCAGAGAGAGGUCUGCUGUAAUACUUGAACACUGUGUUUUAUUGUGGUAUUAUAUUUGUGACUCAAUUUUUGUGCUUGGGUGCUGUACCAGAUGUGAUUGUGUAAGCUAGAAUACAAUUUGAACUCAGGUUGUUUAUUAUAAAGAUUGCAUAGAGUAUAGCUCUGUAGUGUAAGGACGGAGUCUUUUUUUCUGUACCAUUAAACAGUUAACCUUGGAUUGUACGGGAUAAAAGUUAUAAAUCGUUCAUUUCCUAUCCUAACUUUUAAACAUAAAAGAAAAGCAAAUAUUAUCUGGACUAAAAAGGAGCUUAUCGGUUCCUCUGAAACCAGUCAUUUAAGUAUGCACACAACCUAUCUAUCUAUAUAUAUAGUACAGUUUUCGUCAGUUGUAUAUAUAUAAUCUAUAUAUUAAAGAAAGAAACCCUUAAUAAUCAAAUUAGCUUGAAUAUUGUUUUUGCACCCGUGAGCAGUUCUCAGAU